AUGCGGAUUUCCAUUCCGUCGUUGCCCCAGACGCAACGCUUGUUGCCGACGGUGACGGAUGUGCAAGAGGCAGUGGAGCAACUGUACCAGCUCCUGGAUCAUGACAGACGCGUAUUGUGUAUUACUGGCGCUGGUGUGUCGGUCGGCAGCGGUAUUUCGUCGUACCGAGGCCCUAAUGGAGUGUACGUCAACAAGGGGUACCGCCCCGUCUAUUAUCACGAAUUCAUGCACCAGGGUGCUUUUGGAGACUUAAAACGGCGCCGGUACUGGGCGCGUUCUUACUUAGGAUACCCCUCAGUUCGUUUGGCCCAGCCCAAUGCGACUCACCAGGUACUAGCCGCGCUGCAGCACACGAAGUAUUUGGACCAAUUAAUCACGCAAAACGUCGACCGGCUGCAUCAUGUGGCAACGGACUCCAUAGGUGGCGACACGUCAUCGAUUCAUGAGCUGCACGGCUCGCUCGGCGAAGUACGCUGCACGUCACGACAUGAUCCUCCAUAUGGGCACGACAAGCGAUGGUGGGAGGCGCGCCACACACGCUCCUUUGGUCUGAUUGAUCGCUUCUUCCCUACUCCUGUCGGCUCCACGGACGUCCAUCACGGUUGUGGCUUUGUGUGCUCGCGUGAUGCGUUGCAGGACAAGCUCACUGAGCUCAAUCCCGAUUGGCAUGCAUGGGCCGAGCGACUCGAGCGCGAGCCGCACCUGUCUUUGCGUCGUAAUCCCGAUGGCGAUGUCCAGCUCGAGGGCGUAGCCUACGAAACGUUUCAGUACCCGUCAUGCCCAGCAUGUGGAGGCAUACUCAAACCGGACGUCGUCUUUUUUGGCGAAAAUGUAAGGCGAUCCCUGCGCCACACUUGCGAGCGACUCGUGGAGGAGGCCGAUGCCCUGCUCCUCGUGGGCACAACAGUUGCCACGCACUCGGCAUAUCGCCUGGUGCGCGAUGCCGUAGAGGCCGACAAGCCGGUGAUUCUCUUGAACCAAGGGCAGACGCGUGCGGAUGCGAUCAUCGACACGCGUAUAGGGCUGGAUUCGUCUACGGUCCUGCAACAAUUGGCAGACAACAUGGCCCUAAGUAUUUGA